GCAAGAAGAUUGAGAUCUUCACUCAAUCAAAUACACAAACAUUAAUCAGCCACGCUAAGCUAAGCCCAAGCAAACAAAUACCUUCUUUUCUUCUCAAUACUUGGUAUUCCUUCCCCAAAAGGCCAAAACUACUCCACAUUUUUCAUACUUUCUCUCUCCUUCCUUUUGCACUAAGCUUCCUUCUCUUUCUCUCUCCAAAAACCCUAAUUUUCCAUAUCUCUAUAUCUCUCCUCCAAUUGCAUGCUGCAUUUCCGCCGGUAAAUAUGUCUCCGCCGGCGGUUUCGGUAGGUUUCCGACCUCCGUCGGAAAAUGGCCCCACCGUUGAAGCUGCUGGGACCCACGCAGCUUACUCUUGUAGUUUCAAUACCGGCUCUUCGUCUUCUUCAAUGGGCCGGGCUUCGUCGGUCCGGCCCAAGCCCAGGUUGGUGAAGCAGAGGAGGAGCUCCAAAACGACGUCGUCUUUUUCGGCCUCGGUUGAUGCUGGGAUCAACCCUUUUCGUUCAGUAAGUUCUGAAACUGUUGAUGAUGUUGCCCUAAAUUGUUCUAAUAAUUAUAGUCAGUUUGAGAAUGUGGGUUUUGUUUUUGGGGGUUUUAAUUUGAGUAAUAAAGUUGAUGAUGUUAAUAAUAAUAAUAAUAAUAAUGUAGUGAAAGAAGCAGAUUUUUUUGGGGUUAGGAGUAGUGGGAAUAGUGAUUUAUUGAAUAAAGUUGGUAAUUUUAAUGAGGGAGGGAAAAAAGAAUGUAGUAGCACAGAUGGUGUGGGGGUUAGUUUUAGUGGUACUGACAAGGAUCAAAUUGGUGUUAGUAGUGUAAUAUCUGGUGGAGACAAGGCCGAAUUCGAGGUUUUGGAUGGGUUGAAGAAAUUGAAUAUUGAGAAGGGAAGAUGUGUUGCAGAAGAAAAUGGACAUGGGUUGAAUAGGGGAGAUGUAUUGAAAGGUGGGGAUGGGUUUUUUGUGUUUAAGACUGGCGGUGGAGUUUCGGAUGUGUGUGGUGGAAGUUCAAUGCCUUUUAAAAGUGAUGUGUGUGGUGCAAAUUUGAAUGGAGAUGGGAAAGGUGUUAAUGAUGGGAAGAUGGGUGGUUUUGGAUCCCAAUAUGUUGAUGAUAGUGUUUUUGUGUUUGGGAAUAGUGGGAAAUUCAGUAAGAUAGGUGAUUGUAGUUCUCAAUCAUCUGUUUUUACAGCUGAAAAUGAUGGAGCAAGAGGGAAAGAAGAUUUGGUUUCGUCGUCAUUUUCUUUUUCAAGCUUAGAUGCUGAAGCUGGUAAUGCUAAACCCGAGGCAUGCUCAUCCUCGGGUGAGAGGAAGGUGGAAUUCAGCUCUUCAGGUUUGCCUGAAAGGUGUGAGGCGUCUUUUUCGGAUUUUAAAUUACCCAAUUUUGAUGCCCCACUAUCCUUCUCAGCAAAUUUAGUUAGCGACUUAGGUAGAAAGCAGGAGUCUAACUUAAGAACUCGAGGUUUGAAGGAUAGAAAUUUGAAGAAAACGAAGGGAAAACUGAAACAGUCGAAACAUACUAAGCUGCAACCUGGACAAAAUCCGUCAUCUAGUGAAGGCCUUACGGGAGGCCAAGAAGCAUCUGAAUGUUAUUCUCCCAUGGAUUUUUCACCUUAUGAGGAUACUACAAAUGAUGAUAUUCCUCUUAGUGGAGCUAAGGUAACAAAUGGAAAUUCAUCUGCUGUGCAGACAGAAUCACAACUUAAUGAUUCUGAUGCUUGUAUUAGCUCAAAAUUGAACAGCACUGGUGGUGAUGCUGUCCGGCCUUCAUUCAGUUCUGACAAGGCUAGUAGAUGUGAGGAGAAAUUUACAUUCACGUCUUCAAGUUCUGCUCAAAAUAAUGUUUCAUCCCCGAAACGCUUACAGAGAAGGAAGUAUCGUAUGAAAGCUGCUAUAUCUGUUAGUCCAUCUAUGGUUCCGGGUUCUUCCUUGGACAACAAUCCUCUUCUCAGUAAAUUGCAGGGGGUAGCUGGAAACAUCUCCGCAAGCAAGGAUAAGCAUGAUACUGAAGCAGGUGAAGAGUUGGUGUGUGAAGAAUUCAGUUCUGCAGAAAAAGCCUGCGAGAAGUGGCGAAGGAGGGGGAAUGGAGCCUAUGAAAAGGGGGAGCUCUCUAAAGCUGAGGACUUCUACACAUGGGGGGUGAAUUGCAUUCCUCCAGGUGAUGCAUCAGGCGUUGCCUUUAAACCUCUUGUGCGUUGUUACAGUAACCGUGCUGCAACAAGAAUGGCUCUUGGUAGGUUGAGAGAAGCCAUACAAGAUUGUCUUAUGGCAGUUAAGCUUGAUCCCACUUUCUUUAGAGCGCAUAUAAGAGCUGCAAAUUGCUAUCUUCAGCUGGGAGAGGUGGAGGAGGCCAUGCAAUGUUUUGGCAAGUGCAUGAGCUCUGGUAAUGCUCUAUGUCUGGAUAGAAAGCUCGUUAUUUCAGCCUCUGAUGGGAUUCAAAAGUCUCAGAAAGUGGUCGAGUUCAUCAGUCGUUCUGCUGAACUUUUGAAACUUAGGACAUCUGAAGCUGCUGCUGAAGCCUUACAAUAUAUUAUUGAAGCAAUGUCGACAAGUAUAUACUCUGAGAAACUAAUUGAAAUGAAAGCUCAGGCACUUUGCAUACUAUCUAAGCAUGAGGAAGCAAUAACACUUUGCCAGAAGACACUUGAUUUUGCUGAAAAGAACUCUACUGCUGUAGCGCCUGGAAAUCACGAGGUUGAUGCUUUUUCUUCAUAUAUAAAAAUGUGGAGGUACCGUACAAAAUUGAAGUGCCACUUUCAUCUUGGAAACCUUGAGGUGGCUCGUGAUCUUCUAGAGAAGCAAGAGUUCAGGAACAAAAAACAGGAACUAUCAGACCCUUUAGCUAUCAUGAUACAUGAGCUGUUAAAGCAGAAGAGUGCUGGGAAUACUGCAUUCAACUCUGGAAAACAUGCAGAGGCUGUUGAACAUUAUACAUCAGCAAUACUGAGUAAUAUCGAAUCUCGCCCAUUUGCAGCAAUCUGCUUUUGCAAUCGUGCUGCUGCACAUCAAGCUUUGGGUCAAAUGACUGAUGCAAUAUCUGAUUGCAGCUUAGCAAUUGCCCUCGAUGAAAAUUAUGCCAAGGCUGUUUCUAGAAGAGCAACUUUGCAUGAGAUGAUUAGAGACUACAGACAAGCGGCUUCUGAUCUCCAGAGACUGUUGUCUCUUCUUCAGAAGCAAUCUCUGGAAAAAUCUAGACAAUCUGGUUCUGGAAAUGGGAAGGAGAUCAGGCAAGUACAACAGCGGCUUUCUCUGAUGGAGGAAGAAGCAAAAAGAGAAGUCCCAUUGGAUCUUUAUCUCAUUUUGGGAAUCAAAAAAACUGACACAGUAUCUGAAAUUAAAAAGGCUUAUAGGAAGGCAGCACUUAGACAUCACCCUGACAAGGCUGCUCAGUCCCUAGUAAAAGCUGGUGAAAUGGGAGAAGAAGGGCGUUAUUGGAAGGACAUUGCGGAGUUAGUUUACAAGGACUCAGACCGGCUUUUUAAAAUGAUUGGUGAGGCAUAUGCGGUGCUUUCAGAUCCCACAAAGCGUGAAGAGUAUGAUGAUGGGGAGGAUUUGAGAAAGGUGCUCAAGGAGACCAAUAAUAUGAGAACAAAUUCAAGGAGUCAAGGCUAUCCAUUUGAGAGGAGCAGCACCAGGCGUUAUUGGCAAGAUAAUUAUAAAACUUACUACCCACACAGAAGAUAGCGUCGAUAUCGCAUGUGGAUUAGUUGAGCCUUUUGGUAAAGAUGAGCCAGGUUCUUCUUACACUGGCAUUCCUUCCCAAGAUUUCAAAUGUGUUUCUCUUGGCUGGCAACCGGAGUCUGCUGGUCAUUGGAGAAUGAUAUACAUGAACUGUAUAUCUUGUUCAUGGAAGACCCAAGAGUUCCUAUACAGAGAGUUUGAGGUAAUUGACCGACACACCGACUUUUGCGAGGUUUUGCUCAUUGUUCCUUGGCUUGUACUGCGCUUUUGUGUUGGCGUGUAUAACAUGAGAAGAUAGAAAAUAUGGGUUGUGGAAGGUGGCAUUGGAAAGGUUAACUUAAAAGCUUCAGAUUUUAUUCACGAAUAUAUGCAUCGUUUUGUUGUAGGAGGCCAAGGGCUACGUCAAUUGCAAGAAUUGUAAAGAUUGAAAAGAAAAUAAAGGCGAGUUUGAUGGCAAGAAAGCGAAUAGAGCUGUGAGCCUGCGCUGCCAAUUUUUUGUUGGUAUAAAAAUUAUGCCUGUAAACCAAUAUACUCCCCAUUUCCAGUUCACAAUGGGGUAUACAUUUUUAUCAUGUCCAUCCAUAAUUAUUGAAGUUGUACAAAAUUAUAUGCUACCAUUUAGGGGGUUAAUAUAUUUGACUUAUAAAAGCAUUUUUUUACAUCUCUA